UGUAGUCGUGUUUGUGUGUUAUUAACUCUCAGCUGCAGGAGGGGGGUGAGGGGGGGUACAGAGGAGGUCGAGUGCGAGCAGCAACGCCCUGAUGUCCGCCUCGCUGUGUUUACAAAUCUGAGAGGAAUCGUUUCCCCCUGCAGUGUGUCGGUAGCUAAUCUGGGUUUUUUUCACACACUCACACACACAUACACACACACACACGGAUAGAAGAUAGCAAAAACAUGGCUGAGUUGCAUGUCGUGGAGCCGAGCGGCGCUGGCACCAUCGAGCAGACCGAGCACCGUGAUGUCCGUGGCGGCUCCGUGCGUCUGUCGUCCCCCACUCUCAUGGUGCUCAGUCCCGGCGGCGGAGUGUCGAGCAGCGCCGGCGGCCGCUCGGUGUUCGGUUUCCCGGCCAAGAGCAACCCGAGCUCCCCGGUGGAGAAACCGGGCUCCCGCUGGGUGCGUCUGAACGUCGGAGGGACCUACUUCAUCACGACCAAGCAAACCCUGUGCAGAGACCCCAAAUCUUUCCUGUUCAGACUGUGUCAAGAAGACCCGGACCUGGACUCUGACAAGGACGAGACAGGAGCGUACCUGAUCGACAGGGACCCCACAUACUUCGGCCCCAUCCUCAAUUACCUUCGGCACGGAAAACUGAUCAUGGAUAAAAAUCUGGCUGAGGAAGGCGUUCUCGAAGAAGCCGAGUUCUACAACAUCGCAUCUCUGGUGAGGCUGGUUAAAGAGAGGAUACGGGACAACGAGAACCGAACAUCUCAGGGCCCUGUGAAGCAUGUGUAUCGAGUACUACAGUGCCAAGAGGAGGAACUCACACAGAUGGUCUCAACCAUGUCGGACGGCUGGAAGUUUGAGCAGCUUAUAAGUAUCGGCUCCUCAUAUAACUACGGCAACGAGGACCAGGCGGAGUUUCUAUGUGUCGUUUCCCGGGAACUCAACAACUCCACCAACGGCAUCGUCAUAGAGCCCACCGAGAAGGCCAAGAUCCUUCAAGAGCGAGGCUCGCGGAUGUAAAGAGACCACCUCGCAUCCUGAGCUAAAUAACACUUUAUCAACAAAAAACAAAAACAACCACAUGAACUUUUCCCUCCAGUUUGCAUCGAGAUCCACAAGUUUACCCCCCAACCUCUAUAUUUCUACCAUCGCCAUCAUCUUCAUCAUCGACUUCCCCCUUCCUUC